AAACAUCAAUAGGUUUCGCUUUUUUUGUUUAAAUACUUAAAACGACAACAUGACAAUGUUAUUGUAUAUUUAUCAUUUACAUUUUCGACAAAGGAGCUAGUCUUGGUAAAACGUGGGGACCAAUGAGCUUAUAUUUUGGAUGUCGAAUGGCACAACAUGAUAAUAUUUAUAAGAAUGAGACAAAUCAUGCAAUGAAAGAAGGAGGAUUAGAUAACGUUUAUACGGCAUUCUCAAGAGAGCCAAAUAUUCCUAAGACCUAUGUUCAGGAUCUAAUAAAACAAAAUAUUGUCGAUUUACGAUAUGUUAGUAAACAAGAGGGGCAUUUCUACGUCUGUGGAGAUGUUUCAAUGGCAAAUGAUGUUCACACAUCACUUGAGCAUGCACUUCAACAGGAAGGUACAAGACAAAACAAAAACACGAAAGACUUUGUUCAGAAUAUGAAGAACAAUGGAGUUUAUCACGAAGACAUAUUUGGAAUAACAUUACGAACAAAGGAAACGAAAGAUAAAGCAAGACAAAUCGUGGAAAAAUUUCCUCAAGUUAAAAACCAAACACAGUCCGACUUUGAACAAGUUGAUCGAUGAGCAAUGGUUGAAAAAGUUGGCAGAACUGAGCCUUAAAAAAUGUGACAGUUUGUAGUCCAAUAUAGAAAGAUAUCUGAAACAAUUUCAUGUUUUUAGGAAAUUCUUGUAGUUAAUACAUACAUCAUUAAAAAAGUGAAAUACACAAUAACAUAGCAUGCUGAAUAGUA